UUGUUUUUUUGGUGAGUCAUGGAAGGAACGUUUUUGUUGGCCAACGCUAUCAAGCAGAGAAGUGGAACUGAAACGGCUGCAAUGAACACAGACAUCCGGCCAAGGAAAGAAUCGGGCUGCGCAUUGAUUGCUGCCGUUUUCGUGUUACUUCUGGUACCCAUCGUCGAAGUCCACCCCAUCUGCAAAUACGUUCAAAGGCAAGCAGCCAUCAACAUAAACAGUUUGUAUGACGAUCCAUGCGGGAAUAUGACGGUACCUUUCCGAUCUUUUACAACGAAGCUUAUAAUUCCAAACGAAUACAGCAUUCCCGGGGUAGUGGAUUCGCUGGAUUACACUGACGAGCGGAACCACAGUGAAAAGACAACAGCAGGAAUCUGCAAGGAAGAGGCGGAGUGGGCAAUAAUGAAUAGCAUACAGACCCCAUUUAAUUUAACCAUUAACGUCACUAUAAAAGGACUCUCCCGAAAAGCACCGCAGUCGACAAAUGUCGAAAUUAAUCUUAAUAAUGUGACACGUAUUAGGAAAAUACUGCGCGAGUGGAACGAAGCCCAAGACAGGCCGCGCAGGAACUGGACGAAGACUUGCACUUUCUCUGCUACCGUCGUUUUCAAUGAGAGCUUUGUGGAGGAACUAAAAAAGAACAAGGAAAAUUAUACCGGGUACGAGCCGAAUUUCUGCAAAAACGAAAGUACUACAAUAAUGGAAAAGGCUGAAGGAAAACUGAAAUACGAAGUUUGGGGGAAAUAUAGACAGCGAGUGUUCUGCUACCCCCCAUCAAUACCAACUGCAAAAGGUUGUUCAUGAAAAUCUCAUUAAAUGUU